ACAUAUGUAUUGUGAUUGAUGAUAUUACUUGUGAUUUGAAUAAAAGUGAAUAAAUAUGGAAUAUAACAUCUUGAUAUUUCUUUUAUAAUAAAGAAAAUAGCUUUUGGUAAAAAUCAUAUCUUUUUUUGUCAAAUUUGUUAUGGAAUUAAUUUGUGGUUACAUAAAAUUAUAUUCGUAUAAUAAAAUCAAUGUAAAUUUGAAGAUGUCAAUAGAAUAUAGUAGGAGUGUUUUAAAAAUGGUGGUUGCUCAAAUUUGUCAAACGAUUGGAUGGCAUUCAAUCAAUUCUACACCAUUGGAAUUUAUGGUUGAUCUUAUGCAAGAAUAUAUUUUACAAAUUUCAAGACUUACUCAUCAAUAUGCAGAAAUCUUGGGAAGAACAGAAGCAAAUCUUGAUGAUUUAGGUUUAGCAUUUCGACAUAUGAAUAUUGAUAUACAAGAAUUAACAGAAUAUAUAAAAAAUGUAGAUUCUGUCCCAUGUCCUAUAACAGUACCAAAAUUUCCAAUUCAACGUGAAAAUCAUUUGAAUUUUUUGAAACCUGGAAGCCGGGAAGUUGUAACAAGGCCCGUACAUGUACAUGAACAUUUACCAGCCAUGUUUCCUGAUACUGAAGAAGAAUAUAUAGCAGAGAAAGCAGAAAAUUUAUUAAAUGGAACAUCCGACUUAACAUUAAAUAAUGGAACAUCAAGUAACAGUUCUAUAAAUGUAUCUCCUCAUAGGAUGUCACCACAAGUAGUAUUUAAGCGACCAGGGGAUCCUGUCUCAUUUGAAAGUCCUAUAACAAAGCGUGUAAAAGUACUGGAAGAAGGUAGACCAUUACGUGAAAUUCAUAGUGUCAUGAUGACUACUUCAGGUUUUUUAUCGCCUGCUCGAGAAGGAAAACUACCUGAAGCAAGAACCCCACAUCAAACUUGUUCAGAUUCGCCACAACCUAGUUCUUAUCCUAUGGUACCUCCUGAACUAAAGUAUGAUAAAAAACCGAAAAAGAUUGUAAAGAAAGGAUUAGAAGAUUGUAAACUUGAUAAAGAGAAUAAGAAAAAGAAUCGUGCUAAGGAAUUAUUUAAACCAGAUAAGAUAGACGAUAAUAAAAUUAAAAAGUUGGCUGGUAUGAAAGAGUUAGCUAAAUUAAAACCUUUAAAGUCAGUAGGUGGGAAAUUACAAAGUACUAUGCCAAGCUCAUCAAGUAGACCAUCUACUCCUAAAUUAGUAUCACCUAAAACAGCUAUUAGCCCAAAAUUACAAAAAAGUACACAACCAAAGACAAAAUCAGAAAAAUUAGUCGACGUUACUGGUAGAUCCCCACCAUCUAAUGAAAAAAAAGAAGACACUAUUGAUAAACUUCCAUCAGAGCCAGAUAAGCAAAAAUUGAACAUUUUUAAAAAGAUUUCAAAACCACGAGAGGAUAAAGAAAAAGACAUAUCAGAACAACAUAAAUACAAAGAACUUGAUUCAAGAGAAAGUUCACCUGGUUUAGUUAUUGAUGAAAAUAUUGAUAAACAGGCAUUGCGUAAUGAUAGUGAUGUGAAACGAGAAGAAAAAAAGACUCCACAUACGCCAGACGUUCAUCUUCAACCAGAUGGAGGAGAAUUAAUUGGUUUACAAAGUCCAGGAUCAGAUGUUUACAUGUUUGAUGAUAUGUCACCACCAGGAACUCCCAGUACACCAAGAACUCCGGAAUUGAACAUGCCCACAACACCUACAGAUCAUAAAAAGAAGAGAAAAGAAAAGAUUAAUAAAAAAAAGGAAUUAAAAUCAAGAAGCCCAAAACAUUGCGUUAGUCCAAAAAAGACAAAGAUUAUCAACGAUGCGCCAGAACAGGAUAUACUAGAUCGACCGAAAACACCACAGGCACCUGAACCUCAGAUUUCCAAAGAACCAAGUUUUCCACCGACACUUCCAUUUCCUUUUUUCCCAUCAUUUCCUCCAGCACCUGGUUUAAUACCUCAUCCAAUGUUUCCUAGAUUUCCAUUACCUAUAGGAAGAGGUAGUAGUGGCGCUCAUCCAGCAAUAUCAAAUUUACCAUUACCACCUCGCUUUUUAAAUUUACCACCAAAAUCUGAAGAUUUCUCCACUUUACAAAGAACCAAAUCUCUCGAUCGGGAAAAGCUUCCUUCAACACCUUCCUCUACUGAAGCAACGCCUUCAAUGACAAAACACGAAAAAACGGAAAGAGAAAAAGGAGAUAAAUCAAAGGCGGUUAAACAGGACAAAGAGAUACCUCCACCAGUUCCUACGAGUACCGUUGCACCGCCUUUAUCAUCUGCACUUGCAGCACCAAAUAUGUACCCUAAACCAGUACCUAUUGUGCCGUUAUUAUCUUCGAAAAGUCCCAAAAUUGAAAAACAGGAUAAAAAUGAUAAGAAAUCAAAGGAACAUAAGAAAGAAAAAAAAGAUAAAUUGAAAAAGAAGAAAGAUAAGAAAGAAAAGCACAAAGAGAAAGGAGAGAAAAUAAAAGAAAAAAAGGAUAAAAUGGAUAAAAAGGAAAAGGUGGAUAAAAUCAAAGAAAAGAAAGAAAAGAAAGAUAAGCGAAAAGAGAAAGAGAAAGAAGAUAAAAGUUCAGAAGCUGUACCAAAAAUAACACUAAAAUUAGGUACAGCUUCUCCAAGACCUCCAACGCCUGAUGCUGCUCCAAUGAAGAAAAUAACUAUAAAGACAUUGCUGAAGAAGCCUGAGGAUGAGACGAAACGAGAACCAAGUCCCGAGUUGGCGAAAAUAUCAGCAUUAGUAACGCGACCGCCAAAGCAAAAGUCGGCAAGUAAGAAAACAGAGGAGGGAACGUUAGAUGGAAGCCCUGCUCUUCCUACAGAUACUUUCUCUGCCAAUCUUACUAGUGUGCCACUCGCAACAGUUCCUCGAGCAAAGAAAUCUCUCUUCAAAGCCUUACCUCAAAGAGAGACUCCUCUAUCUCAAUUUGAUCCUGCUCCUAAGCUCCCACUUCCUCUGACGCAACAACAACCACCACCGUAUUAUUUUGAUCAAGGUGGUCAUAAAGUUUGGUUCUGUCCUGCAUGUGGUAACCAAGAUGAUGGAUCACCUAUGGUUGGUUGUGAUGAUUGUGAUGCAUGGUAUCAUUGGGUGUGUGUUGGUAUGCAAGUACCACCAGCUGACAAUGAGGAUUGGUACUGUCGCACCUGUAUAGCCAAAAAACAAGAACUUCAUCACGAUAAAAAGAAGAAAAAGAGGAAGAAAAAGGUGAAAGUUGCUGCCUAGUACAAGCUACCCGGGUCUUGUAUAAGAUCCGGUAUAGGGAUUCAAACUACUACCAAAGUUAAAAAAGACAGCAAGCUUGGUGUAAAGAGUAUAAAAAGUAAAAAACUAUCAAAAGCAGAGGUGAAGUUACAAAUGAAGUCAUUAAAAGAAAAAUCUCUACCAAUCAAGGGAAAGUCUGGGAAGACUAUCAUGAAGGUUAAGACUGUAAAGAAACAGAGUAAAAAGAUGAAAGAUAGUGCAAUCCAGUUGACUUAAAAAAUGUUAUCUUUUAUGAUCAUUAAUAUAAAUUUAUGGUUUAAUCUUAACACGUUGAUAGCUAAUAGAAAAAGUGACAAGAUCAUAUAAUAUUAAUUUUUUGCAACAAUUAUAUUCUUUUUAUGAUGAAAGAAAUAUACAAUAUUUAUAUUACACUAGUAGAAUAUACAAUGUAAUACAUGUACAGCUACAAUUAAUUUGAUACAAUUUCAAAAUGAUGCAAAUUAUAGAAUAAUAAUUUUCACUUAGUUUAUUUCUGAACCUAUUUGUUGAAUUCUAAAAUAAUUAAUAAGUGGUAUUUUCAAUACGUUUCAUAUAAACAAUUGAAAUUAUGUUAGAUAUGUUUUCUUGUGAUCAAUAUGUUCAAGUUUGUUCAGAUUUCUUUUGAUCUUUUUAUUUUAGGAAAAGAUACAAAAUUUACUUAUUAUUACAAAUAUUUAUUAUAAUUCAUUUAUAUCUGUAUUAAUUCAAUUAAUUAUUUAAGAAAAAUAACUAAACUUAAUAAAUGUCUAAGCAAAAUAUGUUACAGACGGACUUCAUUUUAUAUUUUCUUUUUUUUCAUAUAUUAAAUUAUUAAUAUAGAAACUAAUUAUUAGCAAAAACAUUCUUAAAGAUAUCUUUGAUCUUAUAUAGUUUGAUAUUGAUUAUGGUUUUCAUAGUAGUCCAUCUGUUAUUUAGAUAAUUAGACAAAUGACGUUUCCACUUUUUGAAUUUCGUAUAUUUUUAUGUAAAUAUACAAAAUUGUUAUGUACAGAAUGAGUUAAUUAAAUCAUAUUAUAUCAAUAAGAUGCUUAAAUUUCUAUUAUAGUUCUUUAUAAGAAUCAUUUGUAUA